UCCUUAUUAACAGAGAGUUGACUUUUUCUCCUCCUCUCAUCGUCAGGAUUUCCCAGGAUUUUCGACGGUCGGCCUCUCUUGUUUGGCUCAACCUGGCCGCGACGUACCUUUAAAAGGAGUCCCUCCCCUCCACAUCCAGGCAGGCGUUAAUGUUAGCGAACAGGAGUUGAUACCCUCGGUACACCAAGUACCUUAGCUACGGAACGAGGAGGCAAGGAUUGCAAUUCUCUCCGUAUCUAAAUAAAAAUGGAGUUGGGUAUCAAAUACUCCUUCUUCUGCCUCCUCUUCCUAGCUAACGCCGCCUUGUCGGCUGCCCACAUCGCCGUCUACGACGAUUACUGGCAGAAGAAGGCGGCGGAGGCUCGCAAUAACACGCUCAACGCCUACGUUCCCGACCCCAGCACCGUCGUCAAUCACUUCAACUCCGCCCCCCUUUUCGACAAUGGCACGAGGAGAGGGCUGGCGCAUCGCUCGGAGACGAAGGGCUGCUUCGCCACCAACCCGAUCGAUCGGUGCUGGAGGUGCCAGAAGGACUGGAUGAACCACCGCAAGAGGCUGGCGACCUGCGCCAAGGGGUUCGGGCACAGCGCCAUCGGCGGGCUGCACGGCAAUUUCUACGUGGUCACCGACCCCUCCGACGACGACCUGAUGGAGCCUCGUCCCGGCACCCUCCGCUACGGGGCCACCCGCGACGCCCCGCUCUGGAUCGUCUUCGCCCGUGACAUGGUCAUCCGCCUCCAGCAGGAGCUGAUGAUCAACAGCUACAAGACCAUUGACGGCCGCGGCGUCAACGUGCACAUCGCCUACGGCGCCUCCCUCACCGUCCAGUUCGUCCAACACGUCAUCAUCCACAACCUCCACAUCCACGACAUCCAGCCCGGUGCCGGCGGCAACAUCCGCGACUCCGAGACGCACUGGGGCAUCCGCACCCGCAGCGACGGCGACGGCGUCAGCAUCUUCGGCUCAUCCCACGUCUGGGUCGACCACCUCUCCCUGUCCAACUGCGCCGACGGCCUCAUCGACGCCAUCCAAGGCUCCACCGCCAUCACCAUCUCCAACUGCCACCUCACCCGCCACAACGACGUGAUCCUAUUGGGCGCCAACGACGCCUAUACCGAGGACGCCAAAAUGCAGGUCACCGUCGCCUACAACCACUUCGGCAGAGGGCUGGUGCAGAGGAUGCCCAGGUGCAGGUUCGGCUUCUUCCACGUCGUGAACAACGACUACACCCACUGGCUCAUGUACGCCAUCGGCGGCAGCCAGCACCCGACCAUCAUCAGCCAAGGCAACAGAUUUAUCGGCCCACCAAAUCAAGCCGCCAAGGAGGUGACACACAGGGAUUACGGAACGGAAGCAGAGUACAACGGGUGGAACUGGCGAUCGGACAGAGACCUGUUCAUGAACGGAGCAACCUUCCGGCAGACAGGGCAUCAAGUCGCAACCAUGUACUCCAAGAUCGACUACAUCAAGGCGAGGCCAGGGAGCUGGGCAGGGCGGCUGACUCGCUUCUCCGGAUCCCUCAAGUGCAGGGCCAAUGUCCCCUGUUAAUGCAUGGCGAACAAAUUAAACGAAGCUAGAAAGAAGAAGCAAGCAUGCAUGCCUUCGUAAUUCAUUGAUCAUUCAUUGUCUCUUAAUUUCUGUCUCGUGGGUUCGUAAUUUACUUCUUUACAAGAUGCUGCGGUCGUUGCUGUAACUUUUUGUUCCUCAUUUUUUUCAUCAUUAUUAUUUUUA